CACGCGGUUCCGUGAUCGGUGCGCUUCUCCCCCUCGAUCCGUGCGGACGCCCACACCUUGUGGUUCAUGAUUCACGAAUCGCAGCGCUUUUAACGCGAAGCGGACCGACGGAACCCGUCACACAUCGGCGCCAGCGCUCCCGGAAUACGUUCAGCCGCAUCUCAUACGGGUCAUGACGCUGGAGGCGAUCCGGUACCGGCCCGGUUCUCUGCAGAUCCUCAACCAGCUGCUGCUGCCGCACGAGACCGUGUACGACGAGAUCCGCUCGGUGCGGGACGGAUAUGAGGCCAUCAAGAGCAUGAAGGUGCGCGGAGCUCCCGCCAUCGCCAUCGUGGGCUGCCUGAGCCUGGCGGUGGAGCUGCGGGCGGGCAUGGGGGGCAACGACCUUGUGUGCUUCAUCAGGGACUCGCUGUGCCACCUGACGUCCGCUCGACCCACGGCGGUCAACAUGGGCCGAGCCGCCCGCGAGCUCAUGGAGUUCACAGAGAACGAAAGCAUGGAGAAGAACACCGGGCGUGUGAAAUCAAGCUCCUGCGUGAUUGGCUGGAUUGAGGAGAUGUUGGAGCGAGACGUGAACGACAACAAAAAAAUCGGCAACUACGGCGCGCAGCAUAUCCUGUCAGGCGUCCCGCGAGACUCGGUCACCAUCCUCACACACUGUAACACCGGCAGCCUGGCCACCGCGGGAUACGGCACGGCUCUCGGAGUGGUGCGGUCGCUGCAUGCGCUGAGCCGCUUGAAGCGUCUGUACUGCACAGAGACCCGGCCCUACAACCAGGGCGCCCGGCUGACGGCGUACGAGUCCGUGGCGGAGGGGUUCCCGGCCACCCUCAUCACAGACAGCAUGGCGGCGCUCGCCAUGAGGGAGAAGGGCAUCACAGCUGUCGUCGUCGGAGCGGACAGGGUUGUUGCCAACGGCGACACGGCCAACAAAGUGGGCACGUAUCAGCUGGCCAUCGCGGCUAAGCAUCACGGGGUACCGUUUUACGUGGCGGCGCCCAGCACGUCCUGCGACCUGAGUCUGGAGAGCGGACGAGACAUCGUGAUCGAGGAGCGUCCAGCGGAGGAGCUCACCAGCAUCAAUGGAGUUCCUGUAGCCGCUCCCGGGAUCGAUGUGUGGAACCCGGCGUUUGACGUCACUCCUCACCAGCUGAUCACGGGCGGCAUCAUCACCGAGCUCGGCGUGUUCCUGCCGUCUGAACUGCAGGCCGCUCUGACGGGGAGACUCACGGCUCUGUAGGGCACUCGCCCGCCUCAUGUUUUCACCUCACUGCAGUGGAAGUUGCACCUUUACUUACACACACACAAGCGUCGGCACCGAGGUGUAAACAAGGUAUACUAGGCACGUUCGAUUCAAUUCAACACUUACGACGUGGAAUAACACCAUGUGACACACACUUGUACAACCCAGGGAUGCUUGUAAACACACACACAAACACACACACACACACACAAGUACAUUCUCCUUCUCUCUGUGUGUACAGCUCAUGUCACGUCAUCUCAUGUCUUGUUCCUUUUUCCACUCAUUUCUUCCCCUCUAUCUGGCUCAGCUCCAGCUUUUAACAGGAAGUGUUUCACAGAGGUGGUAAACAGUGUAGAACUUUCAGAGUAUUUCAAAAUAAAAGUCAUACGAUGAAUACGGGUCAACUGAUGUCCUUUAAGGGGGAACCUCAUGAAAACUGUCCGGGUCGUAUUUCACCCCAAAAUCAAAUGGAAAAGUAAGAAAUUACAUUUUUUAGAAAGUAAACAAAGCCUAUUUUAGAACUAUUAAGAAAGAUGUUGCGUUGUGAUUUUAAUGACACUUAAAUAUUUUUUAAAUCCC